AGCUGUCAGAUCCCAGCCGGAACUCGGUGUGAGCCAACCGCGGCAUUGCACACUCUCCAUUGGCUGAGAGCUGCGGCAGGGGCAGGCCCAGGCUUGCGAUUGGCUGUUGGAGCAGGGUGUCUGGAGGGCUUAGCGGUCGGCGGGCUCUGACGGUCAUGGAGACUUCGUCGGUGCGGACCCGGGGGGCUGCACGGCAGCGAGGCUCUGCGGCCCGGGAGAAGCAGGCGCAGGACCAGCCGGAGCGGAGGCAGGGGCAGCGGAGGCGGGGGCGGAGGAUCAACGAGGACCAGGAAGAGGAAGCAGUCUUUAGAGAUGUGGUCAGUUUCACUCCGGAUCCUUUACCAGCUAGAUAUUAUGACAAGGAUACUACCAGACCCAUCAGCUUUUACCUAUCAACGCUGGAGGAGCUCCUGGCCUGGACCCCACUCACAGAGGAUGGCUUCAACGUAGCCCUGGAACCCCUUGUAUGUCGCCAGCCCCCACUGAGCAGCCCCAGGCCCCGGACCCUGCUGUGCCAUGACAUGAUGGGCGGUUACCUGGAGGACAGGUUCAUCCAGGGCUCAGAGGUGCCGAACCCCUACUCCUUCUACCACUGGCAGUACAUCGACAUCUUUGUGUACUUCAGCCAUCACACGGUCACCAUCCCCCCGGUGUGCUGGACCAACGCCGCCCACAGGCACGGGGUCUGCGUGUUGGGAACCUUUAUCACAGAGUGGCAAGAGGGAGGCAGGCUCUGCGAAGCCUUCCUGGCCGGGGAUGAGAGCUCCUUCCGGGCAGUGGCUGACCGGCUGGUCCAGAUUGCUCAGUUCUUCCGUUUCGAUGGCUGGCUCAUCAACAUCGAGAACUCUCUGAGUCAAGCUGCUGUGAAGAACACACCUUUAUUUCUCCAGUACCUGACCACACAGCUCCAUCAGCAGGUCCCCGGAGGUCUGGUGCUGUGGUACGACAGUGUGGUGCAGAGCGGGCAGCUCAAGUGGCAGGAUGAACUGAAUGGACAGAACAGGGUCUUCUUCGACUCCUGCGAUGGCUUCUUUACCAACUAUAACUGGCGGGAGGACCACCUGCAGCGGAUGGUGGCACAGGCCGGGAAGCGCCUGGCCGAUGUGUACGUGGGCGUGGAUGUGUUUGCUCGGAGCAAUGUGGUCGGAGGCCAGUUCGAUACUCACAAGUCCCUGGAGCUGAUCCGCAAGCAUGGCUUCUCGGCCGCACUGUUUGCUCCUGGGUGGGUGUACGAGUGUCUGGAGAAGAGCGACUUCUUUCAGAACCAGGACAAGUUCUGGAGACUGCUGGAGCGCUUCCUGCCCACACACAGUAUCUGCUCCCUGCCCUUUGUCACCUCUUUCUGCCUGGGCCUGGGUACUCGGAGAGUCUGCUAUGGCAAGGAGCAGGCAGUGGGGCCCUGGUACCACCCUAGUGCCCAGGAGACACAACCCCUCUUUGGUGAACAUAAGCUGGCUGGCGGCAGUCGGGGCUGGGUGAAGACACAGUGCUGCCUGACCGAUGCUUGGCACGGGGGCAGCUCUCUGCUGCUCCGGGGCCUGAUCCCGUCUGAGGUUGACAGUGUAGCUGUGAGGCUGUUCUCUCUGAACGUCCCAGUACCCCCCAAGGUUUUCCUGUCCAUGGUGUACAAGUUUGAAGGCUCAACGGAUGUCCAGGUGGCUUUGGAGCUCACAACGGGGGAUGCCAGCAGCUGCCAUGUGGGUGGCAUGUUGGUGUUAAAUGCAGAAACUGGCUCACGGCACAGCCCUAGACCCCUCCAGGUACCUCCCACCAGGCUGGCCAGAUGGGCCAGCAGUUGUGGCCAGCAGCUCAGUGGGAGCUGGAUUCAACGCUGCUAUGAGGUAAACCUUCGUGGGUGCCUGCUCCAGGACCUCUUGGUGAGCUUCUCAAGGCCGCCAGGCACCCAGGAGGAGAAGAGCUUCAUUUGUCGUCUUGGAGAGAUCCAGGUGGUUGAUGCCAGCAGCCUUCUGGACCCUCUGCCCCGGGUGCAAAAUGUCACCGUCUCUCAGCUGCGCUGGCUUCCUCUGAUCACUGGGUCUGAGGGCCGCCCUGCCCGGCUCCUCCUCAGCUGUACCCUGCACUGGUCCUACCUGAUGCUCCGAGCCCGCUGCUUCCGGAUUCACUGCUGGAAACGGACAGGAAGCAGCUCUGUGACAGAGGAGUCCCCAGGGACAGAGGAGCCGGUGUUCCUGGGCCUGGCUUUUGCCAACCAGUACCGUGUGGUGGACUUGGCAGUGGAGGCUGCUCAAUUGGGGCAGGAUGGUCGUGUGGAGUUCCUGGUGGAACCUGUCCCCAGGGAGGGUUUCUUGGUGCCUCAGGCUGAGUGGGGAAGGGCGGUCCUGCUCUAUGCGGCCUCUCAGUGAGCCCACUCCAGAGCACAGCACCUCCUCACCUCAAGACUCGAGGCCCAAGGCUGCGUGGACUGCCGAGGAUAGCCGGAUCCCCAGGAGACAAGGUCUCCAGGUUUUGCCUGUGAUCUCAGGAGGCUCUGUCCUUCUGUAAUACUCUCCAUGGGAUGUGGUUCUCAAGGAAGAGGGAGAGAGUUUGAGGUUUCUUCCAGAAAAUUCCAUAAAGGCUAUUCCUCCCAGGCUGAAAAGAUGCUUCUGUUGAGAGUGGCGGCCAUUUAUCUGUGUAGCUUUGACAAUCAGAGGCAAACUGCACUGGUGGCCCUGAAGGCUGAGGCAGCAGUCAGUGUAGGAGCACGAGUCAGGGAUGCUCAUGGGGUAGCUGGAAUGGUACUCCCCAGACCAGCAGCACUGUCGGAGGCUACUGGCAUCACACCCCCACCUGCAUAAGGUGGGCCAGUCACAUUUCAGACUACCUGUAUGGAUGGCGGCUCUGGCAGCUGACCAUCCCAGUGAGCCCCAAGUCCCUUACCUGGGCAAUAUUUCUCACAGGCCGUGAGAAGGCACACGGGUGCGAGGGUGUCUUAUGUCCCCCAAGAGGCAGGUGAGCCACGCCUCCUUCCAGCUACAAUGGCAUCCUUCGCUGUACCAAAGCCCUGUUGUCACUAGGUUGCAUGGGGACUUCCUGCUGUGUGUCUGGGUCUUGAAUGACGUCACUGCCACUUUCCCCCAACUGCCCCCCCCCCAGCUUCUCCUAGUGCUUCCUGCUCAGUCCACAGUAGAGUUCUCCUCCCUUCUGUGUUCUAAAUGUGACCCUCUGUGAGCCAGCUCUGUGGUCUGACCUGUGGCCCUCAUGCUGUCAUAUGGGGGGAAGCCACAAGAUGGCAGAGCAGUCGGUUGCCAUCUUCUGAGGUAUGAGGGUUGGGUGGGUGGAGUUUCCUCAGAGUCCCAAGUGUGAGGCAAGGAGGAGUGCGGCUCCUGCCUGUAAGGACUGGGUGCGUCUCCCCCCCCCCCCCCGCCCCCCCCCCACCCUGAUUUCCCGGGCACCCUGUUCCUCUUGCAUGUAGUAUAAGCGUGAGGACCUAGAACCUGAGGUUGGGAACAUUGUGUCCUGUUUGGUGUGGUUCUGCCAGCUCGCACACAGUCAGGGUGCAGGCCAGGGCCUCUGGUAAAGCCCAGGCUACUCCUGUACCCUGGCAUGGCUUUGCCAGCCUUGUGCGGGAUGGGGGUGGGGAGACCUAGACUAUGCUGGCCUUUCUCUGGUGUGUCAUUCAGAAUCUGCAACAGAGCCUCUGCUCGCCCUCUCCCAGCCAGGGCUCUGUGUGGCUGGAGCAGAGUCAGCGGGGACAGGGCAGGUGGCUGGCUUUGGGCGGGGCAGCAUUCCUGAAUGCCCUGCUACCCCACAGCACAAAGUCUGCUUUUAAAGUGCUGGUUCCUUCAAAUAUCUUAUGCAGAGGAGGAGAGAAAAUUUAUAGUGUCAAUUACUCCCUCACAGUCUGGUGAGCAAGCAAUUAGAAGAAAGGGGGCUUAGCCGAGCAACCUCACGUCCCAGGAGCACAGUCCCCAGUCCCGGCAACACCGGCUCCUGCGCAGGAAAAUUAAUCUGCCGGCAUUUAAGCCUAGGCCCCUCUGGUGGAUAUAAUCGCUUGGAAAUAAAUUAUCCAAUGUGAAAAAUGA